CUCGAGCUCGAGCUCGAGCUCGAGCCCUCGUGCAUACACCAGCAUCCAGUGAAAAUCCAGCGCGGUUGGGAAGUUGGGAUGGUGGGGAGCGAUGUCGAGUUGUGGUUGCGUGGUUGUAGUUGCGGUUGCGGUUGCGUUGGUCAACGCCUGCCGCUCGGCGAAACAAACUGCCCAAGCCACCACAUGGGGCACCCACCACACCACACCAGUCAGACCGCCAGCAGUUCAAACGAACAGCGAAAUGGCUACAGCAAGCGAAGAAGAGAGGAAACGCCCGAAUCAGACACCACCACCACACAAGUCAUGGCCAUGUGCGCAGGCGCAUGGCGAGCUGUUUCGCGGCAAAAAUACUCCAUGCAGAACUCCAGACGGAGUGAAGCCACGCUACGCUACUGAGCUGGGGGCCGGGGUCCUGGGCAGCAGCCGCAUCCGCGAGACUGCCCUGGCCCCGCUCCGGGCGCUGGGACUGGCUCCUAGGCCCCCUGGAUAAGGGGGCCGUAGAGCUCGCCAUUGGCCGCCAACGAUCUCUAGCCCCUCGUUGCGCCAAAAGGAUUUCCGGCAUGGCAGCCCGAGAUAAUAACUACGACACUACUAUGGUCUAAGGCGAACACUCAAAAUCAAUGGUCCGUGCGAGUGGCGCUGCACUACCAUACAUUACCAAUUUUGUAACAGUUCCAUGGCAU